CCUGAAUCUCUCUUACUGUGAUCUCUCUUCUAUUUUUGUAUGUUUCAGCUACACUCACAGCGCGACUUGUACGCCGAGUCCACCUAGCAGGUCGCUUAGGGCUCUCUGACGACGUAUAAAAUACCUCCUUGGCCGAACCUCAGGCCUCAGCGCUCCUCGCGAACUAAUGGCCGUUCCAAAGUAUACCGUGGCUAUCUGUGGUGGUGCAAUAGCUGGACUCUCACUCGCUGCUUUCAUCACAACGCAUACACUGUUAUCCAGGUCGAUGUAUACGAAGCUCGCCCGAAGCUCUCCACGGACGGUUCAGGAAUCGGGGUUUGGAAGCGCACUUGGGAGGUACUUCGAGACUUAGGGUUGGAUGAAGAGCUUGUCAAACGGAAUAUAACCCCACCAAAGGACGGAGAAGCGAAAUAUCCAGUUGUGUUUCGCAGAUCUGAUCAAGAGACGGAUGGCUUCAUGUUCUACGAACAUAAGAUGCCGUAUGGCCCUAUUGUUCUGCAGCGCCGUGAUCUCUGCGAGAUGUUGGUCGAGAAAACAAACCAGAAAACUUGCUCGAUUCAUUACAGCAAAAAACUCGUCAAAUACGACUCGACGGGUGCUGAUGGACAAUUCAAGCUUCAUUUUGAUGAUGGCACUACAGCGUCCGCAGACCUUAUCAUCGGUGCUGACGGUAUCCAUUCCACGGUUCGAAAAUUCUUCUUCAGCGAUUUGGCCUCCGCGACGUCAGAUGAAGCCAAGAAGGAGCAAUAUUUGCGGUGUAUUGAACCGAGAUGGUCUGGUACAUAUAUGUAUCGAACGAACAUGGGUAUACCAAAGGAAAAGAUCCAGGAGUUGAACCCCGAGCAUCCUUCUCUGAAAGUAUUGUCCACGAUCUGGUGUGGCAAGGACAAGCACGGGCUUACGAUCGAUCAAGGAAAAAUGAUUACAUUUUCAGUUUAUCAUAGCAUCCCUAGCGCGCAGGGUUCGAUACGUGAGGGAUCUCGGACGGAAGAUGUCGACAAGCAAGAAGUCGCUGACGCUUUGGCCGGAUGGGAGCCUGCCCUGCAACAGAUACUUCACCUUCACGAUCCCGAUGUCCAGUACUCGCGCUGGGCGAUCCACUGUGUGGAGCCGAUUCCGCAGAGUGUAUCCGGCAAUGUUAUUCUAAUUGGUGAUGCUGCUCACGCAAUGACACCUCAUCAAGGUGUAGGGGGCGGACAAGCCGUUGAGGAUUCCCAUCUUCUGGGUCGCAUCCUGGCUCAUCCCAGCACAACGAAACAAUCGCUCAAGCACGCACUGCAAGUGUACCAGCAGAUACGGCUACCUUUCGCCAAAAUAGCCGCGCAACGUUCUCUUUUUAACGGCAUGAUGUACGAGUUCAAUCAUCCUGACUACUUUUACGAGGCUGGUAGGCCCCCAUCGAAGGAUGAAUUAGUACGGCUUGGGAAAGCGAUCGAGGAGUCUUUCAAGUGGCUUGGUCAAGGUGGAUGUUAUGAUGACUGGGAUGAGGCAGAAAGAAAGCUUUUGGAACAGGACAUCGGUGCGUAGAUGGUUACGCCGACGCGUGUAUAGAAUUAUUCUUUAUGCAAUGUUAAAGGUACAGAAUCAUCAUCGUAAUUAUUUCCCUGCCAUCCACUGGGUCCAAAGGGGAUGCAAUUCCUAUCUAUCUAUCUAUCCAUCCGAACGAUUUACUUUAUCAUGGGCGUGAAUGCAUACAGUUUGGGCUGC